CUCCAUAAAGCUCCACCACCUCAGUGAUUCAGUGACACUCUGACUUUCGUGAGCAACCAUGGAUGAGUUUGCUCUGAGUGACAUGUAUGACAUGUAUGAUGAGAUUGAUGACUACUACAGCAUUUGUCAUUUUGGCUAUAACGACGACAACUCUCUUGGUCCUGUGUGCGAUCAGGACCGCAGCAUGGAGUUUGCGGCGGUCUUCAUCCCGGUCCUGUACUCAGUGGCGCUGGUCCUGGGGCUGCUGGGAAACGGGCUGGUUCUGGCGGUGCUGUGGAAGAAGAAGCGGACCUGGAGCGUGACGGACACCUUCAUCCUGCACCUGGCCCUGGCCGAUGUCCUGCUGCUGUUCACCCUGCCGUUCUGGGCUGUGGAGGCAUCUAAGGGAUGGAUAUUCGGCACUGCCCUCUGUAAGAUCAAUGGAGCUAUGUUUAAGAUGAACUACUACUGUGGGAUCUUCCUCCUUGCCUGCAUCAGUGUGGACCGCUACUUGUCCAUCAGUCACGGUGUGCAGAUGUUCUCUCGUAAGAAGCCCUGGGUGGUUCAGGCCAGUUGCCUGGCCAUGUGGGUCGUCUGCUGUCUGCUCUCCAUUCCUGACUGGCUGUACCUUAGUGCGUCAUAUGAUGACAUACAAGAUAAGUACAAAUGUUUGCAUGACUACCCUGAGCCCAGGCCAUAUUGGCAUUUGUGCUUCCGUUGGCUCUACCACAUUCUAGGGUUCCUCCUCCCUGCCGUAGCCAUGGUCUUCUGCUACACCUGCAUCUUGCUGCGUCUCUGUUGCACUGCACAGAACCUGCAGAAGCAGAGGGACAUGUGGCUGAUCCUAGGCCUGGUGAUUGCCUUCUUCAUCAGCUGGACACCUUACAAUGUCAGCCUGAUGGUGGACACGCUGCGCAACGGCCCAACCGACUACUUCAUAUUUGCCACAAGCUUCUGCGACAUGUUCACCACGCUGGACAUCUCCCUGACCGUCACCUCCUCGCUGGGGUACCUUCACUGCUGCAUCAACCCAUUGCUGUAUGCCUUCCUGUGGACAAAGUUCCGGCGCCACCUAGUGGUGAUGCUGAGUAGAGGUUCUGUGCUGCAGGUUGAAGAGCAUGAUGGGGACUUGUCACAGCUCAUAGGGGUCUGAGACAGAGGACAGGACCAGAGCCACUGGAGGAGAGGAGGGGAGGCAUAGACAACAUGGGUGAGAGAGGGACAGACAAUGUAUUUGAAAGUGUUACGUAUUUGGCAAAUACUGCAAGCCAAAGUGACAAAGGGAAAUGGGGGGAAAGGGGCAAUUCUAUUUCACAUUUUAGGUCUAUACCUGAUAGCUUUUGUUCUAGAGACACUUUGGGUUCUCAGCUUUGAAAUAGCCCUUUACUUGCCAAAGCCCAAGUCCAUUAAAGAUAGGGUCAGCAGCUCUAAUUGAUUUCUAACACUUUUGUGUAACAUUUAGCAAAUCUCCUCACGAUCUGCUUGCUCUCCCUUCUCUGUGUGCAUUGCAAAUAGAAAAAACAGGUCUUUGUACACAGCCUUGGCUCUGUGAACUGGAAAGAAAGAAACUGAGGGCAGCCUGUCCUAACAAUAACAAAACACUGACUUUCUUUUCUGACUUUUCUUCGGUCAUUAGUUUGAAUAAAUGAAAUAUGCUUCUAUAGACAUAAGUUGUUAAGAAACGUUAAUAUAACAUCAUAGAAAUGCAAUGUUUUUCUUCUCAAUCUAUUGCUAUCUCACUUUAUUUCUCUUGAACGUGCCAUAUGGAUGAGAUCUCAUUUCAAAUGUUGCGUUCCUAUGGUAAGUGUUUGUAAAACUGUAGAGAUUUAUGUCACUUUUACACUCUCAAGAAUGCAAU